AUGUCAGUUGCUCAAAUCUUUGAGAGGGUUGACAAGAACAGGGAUGAAAAAAUUUCUUGGAAUGAAUUUGCCGAAGCAAUUCGCGUCUUUUCUCCUUCAAUAACAUCUGAAGAACUUGAUAAGAUGUUUAGAGUGCUUGACGUGGAUGGUGAUGGUCAAAUCGAUGCUGUGAAAUUUGCUUCUUGUUUGGUGAUAGAUGGUAGAGGAGAACAAGAUGACGAAGAGACUGUCUUGAAAGAAGCUUUUGAUUUGUAUGAUAUGGAUGGUGAUGGGAAAAUAUCGGCUAGUGAAAUUCACGUUGUGUUGAAACGUUUAGGAGAAAAACAUACGAUGGAAGAGUGUGUUGUGAUGGUUCAAGCUGUUGAUGCAGAUGGAGAUGGUUUUGUGAACUUUGAAGAGUUUAAAACUAUGAUGAGUUCCAACCACAAGAAAUCACUUUGA